CCGGAAAUCUGCACCAUCUAUUACCAAGCGCCUGUGAGGACACCUUUAUCAACACCUAACUUUGAACCUCGUGUCAUUAUUCCAGUAAAAGGUUUUGAGUAACGGCAUGUUGACUCUGAUCGGUGCACUGGCUGAACCUGGACUACCAACCAGAUUCAAUGAGUGGUUGGAUGGUAUUAUGAGAUCCAGAGCUGCCAACAUUGCUGGUACAGUAGCUAGUUCUUCUAAGGCUGGUAAGACUACUGUUACCAAUCCUGUGUCUGUUACCAUUUCUGCAGCCAGGAAAAUUUUGUCUUCCACGUUUCCAAAAACCGUUGGAAAAUCACACCGUAAUAUAUCCCAAUGUCAUGAACAAAGGCAGCUUUUCUCUGUCCACCUCAGGUGUGCCACCUGGGCUCCCGUUGAUACAGUUUGUACCGAAAACAUGAUCUAUUGGCAUAUUUUCCUGGAAAAAAAAAGGCCUACUGUCCAAACUGGAGGGAUAUCCGUAUAUAGCAGUUCCGGGGUUUACUAAAAUGGGCAUUUUCAGAAGCUCAGUCAGAACCAACUACAUGAUAACCCAAUUUCCGAGCUAAAUAGCACACGUGACAAGAAAUCAAACCCUGCCCGGACACUCCCCGAUGGACUUU